UAAUGCCACUUACGACACGAACGCGUUACCUUGAUCUGAGGUGAUUAUAUUCGUCAUCCACUCGGUAGAAAUUCGUCGGCGAUGCCGCAGGCCGCGAGCUGCGCUGACGCAUUAUUGAUAUUUUUUUCUCACGUUGCUUAGAAUGCUCACCGCCCGUUAGUCGACACUCAGUCAGUCCUGCUCCGGAACUCUAUCGAUUUGCUGCGUGAAGGAUCCCGGUGGAUCCGCGAAAGAGAACCUCAGGAAGAUGGAUCAAGUUAACGGGCAUUUCGUUUCGGCUACGUGCCCUUUUAGUGGUGAAAGUGUUGAGUUGAAAGUUGACAGUAAUCAGAAACAAGUGAAGCCAAAUCUUCGUAUAAAAGUUCCUCAACCGAUAAGACUAAAGAACCAUGUAGCUCACGACGAGAACUUCGACACGCUUCACUCCCGGAUCAAUGAAGUCACUCAUUUUAACACAAAAUGCUCAGAAAAAGUUUGUCAGACAAGCAUUAUGGAUAUACCUGGUCGAGGUGAUACCCCGCGGACGGCGGAAGAAGUGUUCAAGGAUGCUCAGGCAUUCCUCACACAAUACUACGCUUCAAUCAAGCGAGAGAACUCAGAAGCCCACAAAGCGAGGUUAGACGAAGUGAAGAGGGAAUUGAAAGAAAAAGGAACGUAUCAACUUAAAACUUCGGAAUUGGUGUUCGGGGCCAAGUUGGCUUGGCGUAAUGCGACCAGGUGCAUCGGAAGAAUACAGUGGAAAAAGUUACAGAUAUUCGAUUGCAGAGAAGUGACCACAGCAAGCGGUAUGUUCGAAGCAUUGUGCAAUCACAUCAAAUACGCUACGAAUAAAGGAAAUAUUCGUUCAGCAAUAACGAUCUUCCCACAACGCACCGACGGUAAACAUGACUACAGAAUAUGGAAUCCGCAGCUUAUCAAUUAUGCAGGAUACCAGGAGCCAGAUGGAAGCAUUAUAGGAGAUCCAGCACGAGUUGAAUUUACAGAGAUUUGUAUGAAACUUGGAUGGAAAGCGCCGCGCACCCCAUGGGACAUUUUGCCGCUCGUACUCUCUGCUGACGGAAAAGAUCCUGAAUUCUUUGAACUACCCAAAGAAAUAGUUAUGGAAGUGCAAUUCGAACAUCCUGAAUAUGACUGGUUCAAAGACAUGGGUUGGAAAUGGUAUGCUUUGCCGGCUGUUUCCAACAUGAGGCUUGACUGCGGGGGCCUAGAGUUCACAGCUAAUUCCUUCAACGGCUGGUACAUGGGCACUGAGAUCGGAUGCAGGAACCUCUGCGAUGAGAGUCGACUGAAUAUUGUUGAGGCUGUAGCCAAGAAAAUGGGUCUAGACACAAACUCGUUCGUUUCUCUGUGGAAAGAUAAGGCAUUAGUUGAAGUUAAUAUAGCGGUACUGCACAGUUUCCAUAGAGAUAACGUGUCCAUUGUUGAUCAUCACUCCGCGUCCGAACAAUUCCAGAAGCAUUUAGAAAAUGAAAAUAAAAGCAGGGGCGGAUGUCCAGCUGAUUGGAUAUGGAUCGUUCCACCGAUGUCUUCAUCGUUAACCACAGUGUUCCACCAAGAAAUGGCCUUGUAUUACAUCAGACCGUCAUAUGAUUAUCAGGAGCCACCAUGGAAGACUCACCAAUGGACGAAGUCUGACGGCACUAAGACCGUCCACAGGAAGUUCCACUUCAAACAGAUCGCCAGGGCAGUUAAGUUCACUUCCAAACUGUUCGGACGGGCGCUCUCCAAGCGCAUCAAAGCGACUAUUCUCUACGCAACAGAGACGGGCAAAUCUGAACACUACGCCAAAGAAUUAGGAACUAUUUUCGGGCACGCUUUCAACGCGCAGGUACAUUGCAUGUCGGAAUAUGAUAUGUUUUCUAUAGAACAUGAGACUUUAGUUCUCAUAGUGGCUUCCACGUUCGGCAAUGGAGAACCUCCAGCUAACGGAGUCGAUUUUGCAGAGCAUCUAUUUCAAAUGCUUUACAAUGAGACAAACAAUAAUCGAGGAGAUGGUACAAAUGACUUAGGCUCUGGUACGUUCAAGACACCAACACCAAAAUCACUGAUGAGAUCAAACAGUAUGAUGACACCGAGCUUUGAAUAUAAGCGGCAAUUAACGAGAUUAGAGUCUAACAAAAGUAGCGUGGCCGGUGCAUCAUCUAUAGAACAAAUAGGACCUCUCAGCAACGUUUGUUUUGCUGUAUUUGGUCUGGGGUCGAGUGCGUACCCAAAAUUCUGUCAUUUCGGUAAAACAGUUGACAAAAUCCUUGGUGAUUUAGGCGGCGAAAGAAUAUUAGAACUGGCAUGUGGUGAUGAAUUGUACGGACAAGAACAACAGUUUCGCGCUUGGUCUUCGAAAAUAUUUCAGGUUGCCUGUGAAACGUUUUGCUUAGAUGAAAACGACAUGGUAAAAGAUGCAAAGAAAGCUUUGGGUGACGUACCGCUGACAGAAGAGACAGUACGUUUCGGAAAAUAUCAGGGAGAUACAACGCUAAAGGCAGCUCUGGAGGCCAGCUUCAGAAAACAGCUUAUUACUUGUAAAGUUAAAGAGAAUAAAAACCUAGGGGACUUCUCAGCGGAUCGGGCCACAGUAUUUGUUGAUAUGCAACCAGAAACUGAAUUCAAAUACGAUCCAGGAGAUCACGUCGGAGUUUUGGCUUGUAAUAGAAAAGAAAUAGUAGAUGCAGUACUAGAGAGGAUGAAAGAUGUUGACGACUAUGAUAAAACUGUUCAAUUACAAGUGAUGAAGGAGACGUUGACACCUACAGGUGCUAUAAAGACAUGGGAGCAACAUGAAAGAUUACCAGCGGUAACGAUACGACAGAUAUUUACGAGAUUUCUUGACAUCACGACACCACCGUCAACGACUGUACUGAAAUACUUAUCUAAAGCUUGCACUGACCAGAAUGAUGCUGCCCAACUUAAAGAAUUAGCCAUAGAUUCCAACAAAUACGUCGACUGGAGGCAUCUCCACUAUCCACACUUGGCCGAAGUACUAGCGCAGUUCCCUUCAUGUCGACCUCAAGCAUCUUUGCUAGCGGCCCUACUACCAUCGUUACAGCCGAGGUUCUACUCCAUAUCUUCAUCACCACUAGCGCAUCCUCAUAGAAUUCACAUCACAUGCGCUGUUGUUGUUUACAGGACACAGAACGGACAAGGCCCGAUGCAUUAUGGAGUAUGCUCUACAUACCUACAAAAUCUAAAACCGGAGGACGAAGCCCUAGUUUUCAUAAGACGUGCACCAAGCUUCCAUAUGCCUAAAGAUUUAUCAGCACCGCUUAUUCUUGUCGGCCCCGGCUCUGGUAUAGCGCCGUUCAGAGGAUUUUGGCAUCACAGAAAGCAUCAGAUCAAGAAUUUGAUACCGAACAAACAAAAACCAGGUCCUGUCUGGUUGUUCUUCGGUUGCCGAAACAGAGGAAUGGAUUUGUAUAAAGAAGAAAAAGAAAAAGCGUUAGCCGAUGGAGUAUUGAGCAAAGUUUUCUUGGCACUUUCUAGGGAAGACUCUGUUGAAAAGAAACACAUCCAAACGCUACUGGAGGACGAGGGUGCCGAAAUCUCACGGAUGCUUCUAGACGAAAACGGACAUUUCUACGUUUGUGGUGAUUGUAAAAUGGCUGAAGAAGUUCAACAGAAAUUAAAAGAAAUCAUGAAGAAACAUGCCAAAAUGACUGAGCAAGAAUAUGAAGAGUUCAUCUUGAACUUGAUGGAUGAAAACAGAUACCACGAAGAUAUCUUCGGGAUCACUCUGAGAACAGCAGAAGUUCAAAGUGCAUCAAGAGAAUUCGCUAAAAGGACAAGGCAGGAAUCACAGAAGUCACAAACUUAAAGUUUUUCUACAAUACAUUUUAGAUUAAAUUGAUUUUAAAUCUAAUUGCAAACGUUAGCUCAAAUUGAGCAGUAAAAAGUUUAUAUUUGUUUCUUAAGCAUAAUAAACUUGAUAAUGAUUUUGUGGUAGCAUAUGUAGCUUACAAUACUGAUCUAUAAUUGAAAUAUCAUCGCCUCAAAUGAAGACGAUCCAGCAAUUAUUACUUCUAUAAAGUUUAUAACGGGCCGCAUUGUUAAGGUACCCUAAUGGUUAUAGUUCACCGUCACAUCACUCUUACACCAUGUUCACGCUAAGCGACAACUCCAUGUGACACGUCGUCUAAGAUUCACGUUUCGCUGUCAUCCUAUUCACAGCGGAGGCGAUAUCGAAAUUGGCGCGACAACUUGUCAGAAGUAACAGCCGAAAAUAACAUAAAGAGGUUAUAUUUAAAAAAAAAUCUGAAAAUCUGCGAGCGCAAGUUUCUCAUAACUUAUGUUUCUUGAAAUAAGUAAAAUAAUAUCUGAGCAGAUCUCGAAUCAAAUCUAAAGAAUCCGUUGCAGAAAUAAUAAGUUAUUAUUUAUUUUAAAAUUAACCAUAAAAAUUUAUUUUACUCCUUUAAAUUGGUUAGCUUUUAUUGGUUCCUAAAAAUAAUAAUAUGGCACUCUUCUACGAGUAUUUUACAAUCACUACGAUUAUUAAUUAUUUAUAUUUGUACAAUCCUAUGAUUAUAUUAUCCAGUAUUAUUAAUUUUUAUAUUUUAAGUUAAAUGAAGCAUUUUCAGUGUUUGACAUAUUGUAAAUGGUCAUUAGAUCAUAAGUACACUAAAA